GAAGCCAUAAUAUGAUAUGAUUAUUAUGGUCAUGAUAUCAUUGCGAAAAUUGAUCAGGUCUCGAAAAAAUAAAUUAGCAUGGGCCAUUUUUUUCUUACGAACCUCGUGAUACGGUUGUACGAUUAAAUAAUAAUGGCAACCAAUGGCAAUACAGUCUCAUCGAAUGAUAAUAAUAACUGUAAUAAUGACCAAAGAAAGCUUGAACGUUCGGCGACAAUUUUAAGUUCUAAAGAAAUUACCUGCGGUAUUGGUGGCUUUCAACCACAAUUUUUUUUUGCUUCCGCCAAAAUUUUCGUCAUCAAUUUCUCCAUAUUAGCGAUACUGCAAGGUGCCGUUUUUACUUAUAUGAUCGGCAUCAUUUCCACAUUGGAAAAACGUUAUGCAUUCGAAACGAAAGUCAGCGGUUUUCUUCUCAUUGCCGAUAAUCUGAGCGAAAUGGUUCUCAGUCCAAUCGUGGGUUAUCUUGGUUCUAAAUAUAAUCGUUCCCGAUUGAUUGCAUUCGGUGAAAUGGUUGUAGUACUUUCCUGUCUUCUAAGUGCUUUGCCAUACUUUAUAUAUGGUACAGCCACACACCUUGGAUCACAUGGCUACACUAAUAGUUCUUCAUCUUCAAUCAAUUUUGAUUUAUGUUCAGUGAUAGAAGAUUCAUCAUCUUGUCAGCUUGAUGUCAACGAUAUUGACGGUGGUGGUGGACGAUCAACGGUUAUUGCAGCCGUCGUUAUACUAUGGAUCGCUUGUUUACUAAAUGGCUUAGGUUAUACGGCUUUUUAUACCAUCGGUUUACCAUAUGUUGAUGAUAAUAUCAAGAAGAAAAAUUCACCACUUUAUUUGAGCACUAUUUCUACUAUACGUUUGCUGGGACCAACCUUGGGAUUUACGUUAUCAUCGAUUUCAUUACGAUUCUAUGAGAAUCCUUUGAUGCCACCUUCAUUUGAUAAUCGUGAUCCCAGAUGGAUAGGAGCAUGGUGGAUCGGUUUCAUUGUUCUUGGCCUAUUGAUUUUCUUAUUCACCAUACCAAUGUUUUUCUUUCCAAAAUCAUUCAUUAAGAUUGAAGAAUCGGAAACUAAGAGAGAUAAAAAUGAUUCUACAUUUCAAGAUGUACGCAAGAGAUUUGUACGGUUUUCGAAAAAUUCGCUACUUCUAUGUCAUAUUAUUGGUGGCGUUUUUCGAUUAGUCGGUUAUCUGGGUUAUUAUAUCGUCAAACCUAAAUAUAUUGAGCUGCAAUAUAGACAAUCAGCUUCGAGUGCAUCAUUUUUCACUGGUAUUACGUCAGUGGCCACAAUGGCUAUCGGUACGAUGGUCGGAGGAUUGAUGAUUCGUUCAUUACGACCUAGUGCAAGAAUUAUAGCUAUAUUUGUCGUGUUGGUCGAAUUUCUAAGUUCUGUGGCCAUUUUCGGUGGCAUGUUUUUGCAAUGUCCGACGCCACGAUUUUUUGGUUUAGAACAAAUGAAUCCUAGUAUCAAUCCAUUAUCGACAAAUAAUUUUCAAUGCAAUCAGAAUUGUGAUUGUUCUGUUGAAGUUUAUCAGCCAGUAUGUAAUCUAGAAUCAAAUAUGAAUUACUUUUCCCCUUGUUUUGCUGGUUGUAAAGAAGCCAUCAUAUCUGAUCAAGGAUCUGGAAUAUUGACUUUUCAUAAUUGUUCUUGUGCAUCAUCAACAUCAAGCAUUGUGACAUCUGGUCUUUGUCAGAAUGAUUGUAAUCGAUUUCCAAUGUAUAUCACAUUGAUUGCAAUCUCCAAUACAAUCGCUUCGUUGUCUCGAACAGGAGAUACACUACUGACACUAAGAGCUGUCGAUCAAGAGGAUAAAAGUUUUGCCAUGGGUAUAAUGGGUACCAUAUUUGCCGUAUUCGCAUUCAUACCAUAUCCAUUGAUUUUUGGUGCUCUCAUCGAUUCAACUUGUUUGAUAUGGGAAAAAACCUGUGGAAAAACGGGUAAUUGUUGGCUAUAUGACCUUGAUAAAUAUCGGGUAUCCAUGCAUAUGGGAGCGUUUACAUUCCUUAUGUUGGGUGUUUUAUUUGAAAUUGGUACAGCCUGUUAUGCUGGACGUAUUAAGAAUCUAUAUGAAGAUGAACAAGAAAAUGAUAACCAUGUGAUUGAAUUGAAAUCCAUUGAAGAUGAUGAUAACAACAACAACGAUGACGACGACGACGACAAUAAUCAAGCCAAAUCCGAAUGAAUUUUAGUUUACAAAAUUAUCUGCUUUUUUUGCAUUUGAUUCAAUAUAAUAUAUAAAUCAUUUUUUUUAUAUAAAACAUUCAUUUUUUAUUAAUGAAA